AUGGGGGGAAAAGACCAGCCACAGUGUUAUUUUGAUGUUGAACUCAACCGGGAGCCAGUGGGGCGCAUUGUUUUUCAACUCUUCUCUGAUGUAUGUCCUAAAACAAGUCAAAACUUUCUCUGGUUGUGCACUGGUGAAAAAGGCACUGGCAAAACAACAGGGAAAAAGCUUUGCUAUAAAGGCUCUACAUUUCAUCGAGUUGUUAAGAACUUUAUGAUUCAGGGAGGUGACUUCACCGAUGGGAACGGCAAGGGAGGGGAAUCAAUUUAUGGUGGCUACUUUGAAGAUGAGAACUUCACUCUGAAACACGACAAGGCCUACCUGCUUUCCAUGGCCAAUCGUGGAAAAGACACCAACGGCUCCCAGUUCUUUAUAAUCUCUAGCAUCCUGCUUCUCAAAGCACCCCACCUGGAUGGAGUCCAUGUGGUUUUUGGAUCGAUCAUAUCUGGAUUCGAAGUGAUAAAAAAGAUUGAAGGCCUAAAGACAGACUCAGCCAGCAGGCCCUAUGCUGACGUCAGGGUGGUGGACUGCGGACAGCUCAUCACGAAGUCUGCUAAUGACGUCCUUGAAAACAUGGAGAAAGAAGAAUCCAUCUAUACUGAUUCAUUACACGUUCCGGACCCUCCACACACUCCAUCACUGGAAUCAAAAAGCGAAAAUGAUAAUAAUGCAAAUAAUCAAUCCAAGCUUAAAAAAGUGGUUAAAAGUAGACAAGUCAAAAAACGACGAAACAAUCUCAAGAAGGACCAUGUGAAGAAGCAGUCAAUGCAAAGCACGCAGCAGGAGGAGAUUGAAUCAGAAGAGGAAAAAGAGCUUUUUUCGAAAAGAGAAAAACUUGUAUUGCGACCUGAAGAUAUACCCCAGGUCCCAGAGAACCGCUUUCUUCUUCGGCGAGACAUGCCACCUAAAAAAUCAAAACCCAAGAUACCUGAAAAGAGUGAAGAUACAGUUUCAUCUGAACAAAAGCCUUCAGUGUCGAAAUCAGGAAGAAAAAUAAAAGGCAGAGGAACAAUGCGAUACCACACUCCUACUCGAUCAAAAUCCCGGUCUGUCUCUGUUGAGGAACGAGGAAGUAGUGAAACCCCUCCACACUGGAAAGAGGAGAUGAACAGAACUACAGUUUAUCAGCCUCCCAGCACAGAGAGAUGGAGCAAAGGAGACAAGCUUGAUGAACAUAUUGCCAGCAGAUGGGAUGACAGAAGCAACUCUGCAUGUGAAAGUCCUCCGCCUUCACGCUGGAAACCUGGACAGAAGCCAUGGAAGCCGUCCUAUGUCCACAUCGAUGAAAUCAAAGCCAAAGUAUCUCGUAAAGCUGUAUCAUCCUCCGGGCAAACUGAUGAUGCAAAAAAGGCUCCCAGCGCUACUGCACCGAGGGAACCGUCCCCAAACUCUGGAGAAAGUCGCAAAGGUUCUGAGAAAGAAGAAGGCGAAGCGAGUUCAGAGUCUGAGGAUGAACUACUCAAAAGGACAUCAGAGGCGGUGAAUGCUCUUGAGCGUAAAGUGGCAGCAAUGGCAUCUCCGGGGUCAAACGCAGUACGUAAAACUGUGCGGAUGAAUCAAAGGCCAAGAAACCAGGAGAGCUCGAGUGAGGAAAACUCCCCCGUGAUAAUGAGAAACAGUAACGCAUCACGUUCCUCAAAGAAGAGCAGAAAGUCCCGGUCUGGGUCCAGACACCGGUCCAGAUCCAGGGGGUGGUCCCACUCCUCCAGCCGCUCGCGGAGCAGGUCUUGCAGCUCCAAUUACUCCUCCAGAAGCCACAGCAGAAGUAGACACCGAAGAGGAAGGUCACGCUCCCGCAGCAGCACGUAUCGUGGUUACAGGAGUCGUUCGUACAGUCACUCCAGAAGUCGCUCUCGCACUCACCGGGGCAGAUCCAGGUCCAACUCCUACGACAGCUACUCCAGUAGAAGUCGCAGCGUGAGUCGGAGGCGAAAGCGACGCAGAAGUGACAGCUACAGGAGCUCCGGCCGUUCAAGGUCGUACCGUUCUUCCAGCCGCAGCUCCUCCAGGAGGCGCAGUCACAGCCGCAGCAGCCGCUACAGCUGA